AUGGCGCGCAGAGACGCAGUGCGACUGGGCGCAGUGUUUGUGCUGCUUCUAUGGACGUUGCUAGCUCCGCUGGUCGCAGCGCAAGAGUACGGGAUCAUAGAAGAAGAGGGCGAGGCCUUACUGGAGCCGAGACAGAAUUACCAGUUCACGGGCGCGCUUGCGAUAUAUGGAUCGAAUGGACAAUCAUACUCCGGCACUUCGAAUGGAGGUAGCUCACAGGCUGCGUCAUCUGCAGUUCCAGCGCAGUGUCCUGCUGAUCACCCGACGAGCUGUAGUUCCAUACAGCAGCCGGAUUAGUAAGUCGCAAUGCAUUGCGUACGACCUCGACUUCAAGGAUUUGGCUAAUGUCAUUUGCUGUUGUAGUUGCUGCGCUGCAAACAAUUACUGCGCGUGGGCGAAUAGCGUAGUAGCUUGUUGUCCAAAUGGCGAAACAUGCUCGGGAAGUCCUGAGGGCGCCGGAGAGGCCCAACCGUCGGCCACCACAGUAGCGGGAGGAGGUUAUGUCGCACCCGCGACGACGGUCUACAAUUCACCGUCCGCUGCAGGAGGAUAUGCAGGAUAUUGUUCGACGCUCACUGCAGUUGGACCCGGAUUGCCAACUACGCAAGCCGGUCAGUGCGGCACCAUAUUGAUCGUCGCGGCAGAUGCUGUCCAAGCCGCGGUGCUCGGAUGGGCAAGACUGGUUUUCAUGAUCGCCGGUCUCCAUGUUCUCGGUGGGCUGGUCUUCUUGAGGAGGUAG